CUUUAUAUUCUAUUAUAUACUACCUCCGUCCCAGAGUAUUUGUCUACUUUCAUUUUUACACACCCUCCAAUGCAUUUCUUUAAUCCAUUUUAUCUUCUAUUUGUAUAUUAAAAAAUUAUAAAAAUUAUAUAUUAAUAAUCUAUAUGUUAAGACAAAUCAAACAAGAUCACACAUGACUAUAUUUAGGCUUACACAUUGAGAGAAUUUGAUGAGUCAAAGUGCUUAGAUGAACAGCUCCAAAAGUCAAAAGUGGACGAAUACUCCAGGACGGAGGGAGUAUUAAUUUCUAUUCUUCAAUAAUGACCCGAAUAUAAUUUAAUAAUAUAAAUUGAGCUGUGCAAUGCACGGGUGUGAUACUAGUAACAUAAAAAAAAUCAAGUUAUUUAAAUAUUUGAUAUUGUACAAUAAAAAAUAAUUUCGUACCACCCGUUCAUGACACUGGUUAAAAUAAAAUACUAGUAACUCAUAAAUACUGGUCCUCUCCCCCUCACGCUAUCUCGAUUUCCCUCCCCAUCCUUCUCUGGUUUUACACUUACAUUUCGCUUUUUUGUUCAUCUUCUGGCUCUGUUAUUCAGGACUGUUCUUCGAAUUCCUCAGCUUUGUUGUGUCGCAGUUCGAAUUGGAAUCUAAAUCAGACUGAAAAGCUGAACAUGAGAUCUGGUUUGGUAUAUGGAUUAUGAACUAAUCUAGAGCAGCGGUACAUAUGAUGAUCUGCCUCGAUCACAAUAUGAUAGAGCUCCCACAAGAAGCAUUGUUUCUCUAAAUGGAUGGUCAAAUCUAACUUCAUCUAUAUACCAAAGCAUGUAUAACAAUAUGGAAGCACAAAUCCAUACCCUUGAACAAGAAGCAUAUGGUGCAGUGCUACGAGCUUUUAAAGCGCAGUCAGAUGCCCUAACAUGGGAGAAGGAAGGUUUAAUAACAGAACUCAGGAAGGAGCUGAGAGUAUCAGACGAUGAACACAGGGAUCUACUGGCAAAAGUCAAUGCGGAUGACCUUAUACAGAAGAUUAGGGAGUGGAGAAAGGUUCGUGGAAACCAACAUGUUGUCGAACAACUUCCCACUAAUACACUUUCAGGAUCCCGAAAAAGGCAGAAAACCUCUCAACCAAUGCAUCUACCUUUUGGUGUUCAGCCAACUCGCCCAUUAACUCAAGUAGAAGAAUUGGUGCCACCAGCCGUACCUGGAGGCCUGAAUCAUAAACUUGUUGCUGGUCGUGAUUCUUCUAACACUACAAGAUCCCGAGACUUAUUUUUUGGGAGAAGAAUUAUGACUAGAUGGCCAGAAGACACCAAUUUCUAUGAGGCUGUCAUACGCGACUACAACCCCGUAGAUGGACGCCAUGCUUUGGUCUAUGAUUUCAAUACUGCAAAUGAAACAUGGGAAUGGGUUGAUCUUAAAGAGAUUCCACCUGAUGAUAUUCGAUGGAUAGGUGAUGAUCCAGGUAUAUCUCGUGGAGGAGGUAGUGGCCAAGGUACCGUGCUAAGUCUCCGAAGGGAUGAAGGUGUCUCAAGUGACCAAUACCGUAAGGAAGUUCGGCCCCAACAGAAUGGUGGGCUUGUGCAGAGGGCAGCUAGUGAUGAAAUUGAAAUAUUGCACACAGAAACUUUGAUAAAAAAGGUAGAGAGAGUGAUGGAUGCUAAUCCUCCGAACCUCAUUGAGAUUCAGAAGGCCAAGAAGAUGCUGAAGGAUCAUGAACUAGCAUUGAUGGAAGUGCUUGCCAAGCUAGCUGAUGCAUGUGAUAGAGGAAAUGAUGGACAGCACAGGAAUUCACAGUACAAUCAUUUAAGGGCGGCGGAGGGUGGUUUAGAGGCUGAGAAGAGAGGACGAGGAAGCAGUCAAGAUAUGGCGGGCAGGGUUCAGGGCAUAUUGGAGCAUCAGGAUGAGGACAUUGUUGUUAUCUAGUAAUUGUGCUCUCUCUAGCUCCCAUUUCUCCACUGCAUUGUAGGACAUCAACUUCUGGUUCGAACCCUUUAUUAAUUCCCAUCUAUCUUACCAUUGUUAGCAUAUUGGUAUUCUUGAUGGCGCAGUGUGUUAGCUGCUGCUAUACUUUUCUUGAAUUAUGCACUACCACUUUUCUGACAGUGUAGAUUUUCUUUGUAUAUUAGUCCUGUCCCAUAACAAGAAUUCGUCUUAAUUUUUUAAUUAAUUUUAGUAUGUUAC